AUGAAGAUGCAACUGUUGCGAAAUCUUUGCUUUGCUUUAAAAACCUUUGUUACUGUUGAUAAAAAAAACAUUCUGAACAAUCCAUGUUUAAAUAAAUCAUUUUCGAACUCGAGGCGUCUAAAAACAUAUUUCAAUAAACCAUUAUACGAAUUACGGCAAGAAAAUGAGGGUAAAUCUCUGUCACCGCAAGAAUUAAAUAUACUCAAAGAUGCAGUGGAGAAACACGGAAAUCGCUGGAAGUAUAUUUCACAAGAGUAUUUUCAAUUACGAAUAAAACCGGCUCGCUUGCAAGACAAUUGGAAAAGGUUUCAAGUGAAGAAAGAUAAUGGUUCUCGCUGGAAGCCCGAAGAAGAUCAAAUAUUAAAAGAAUGUGUUGAAAAAUAUGGAGUCGGCAGAUGGACCAUAAUAGGUCAGCACCUGCCAAAUAAAAAUUAUAAUCGGCUUAGGCUAAGAUGGGAAGCAAUAUCCAAGUCUAGACGUGGGCCGUGGAGUCCCGAAGAGGACAAAUAUUUACUUGAGCUGGUUGACAAAUAUGGCAAAAAAUGGAGUAAGAUAAGUGAUAUCCUUAAAAGACCUUUUUAUGUCGUUUCAAAGCGUUAUAAUAUAAUAUCUUGGACGGAAGAGGAUAAUCUCAGAUUGCAUGACUCCAUAAAAGAGCAUGGAUACAAUUGGACAAAGAUCAUGGAAAAUUUUCCAGAUAAAAGUCUGGUAGAGGUUAAAAACUACCACAUUACACACUCAAGAACUGAUCCAAAUAUAAAUUAUGGUCCGUGGCUUCAGGAGGAAGUAGAAUCGCUCAAAGAAUCCGUGUCAGUUCGUGGGAGAAAGUGGACAGAGGUAGCCAAAGAUGUUGGUACAAGAACAAGAUUUCAAUGCGCUGCAUAUUGGCGUCGACAUUUACAUCAACCAGAUUUCAUUUCAGGCGAAAUAUUAUGA